AUGUAUGGAAAUAUCCGAAUUCAUAUGAAUCCUAAAAUUUUUGCUCAGCCAAAUGAAGAAUUUCGUAAGCUCCCUACAUGUUUUUUUAACGAAAAACAAGAUUCUUCGCAUUUGUCAGUUGAUAAAAAUCAAAAUCUGUUGUCUAAGAGUAUGAGCGAACGUUACGAGAUGGAAAAAUUACCCUCAAUUUCAUCAAGGACAAGCAGAGAAUCAGUAAAUAAGUCAAAUACAGAUCUUAAUUUACUCUUCAGUCAUAUUAAAAGAGCCCGAAAAAGAGAAAUAACAAAGAUCUCAACUAGCUAUGGAGCUCGUAUCAUAAAAGCUUAUGCUGCAAGCACAAACUCAGGUUUGGUGAAAAAUUGUAAUGAGGACAAAGUAACAAUAGUCAGAAAUAUAGUAAAGCCAAACUCAAGGGCAUUAGAAAAUUGGCCGCAGUCAGCUUUUUUUGGAAUAUAUGAUGGUCAUGGCGGCUCAUUGUGCGCUGAGUUUCUUAGUCCUAUAACAAGUUAAAUAAGAAAUUUUGCAAAGUUAAAGUAGAUAAAAUAAAAUAUUUUUACGUUAAAAUAUUGAAAAAUAAUAGCUGCAGAUAUUUUGAAGAUUUAAUAACUGAUGAUUUUACUAUUAUUAUAAGAGGAAAGUUAGAGACAAUCUACACAAAUUUGUAAUUAAUAACCCUCAUUUCCCAAGUAACCCAGAAGAAGCCUUGAAAAGUGGGUUUUUGGAAGCUGAACAAAAAUUCCAAUGUUUUGCGAAAAUGAGAGAAAAUGACAAAUCAGGAAGCUGUGCAAUAGUAGUCUUGAUCGUUGGACAUACAUGCUAUAUUGCUAAUCUAGGUGAUUCUCGUGCCUUGCUUAGCAUUAACCAUGGAGAAAGAGUAGAGCAGCUUUCCAAAGAUCAUAAACCUACUGAUACUAUUGAAAGAAGCCGAAUUCUUCGUGCAGGCGGAAACCUUUAUAAUAGCCUAAAACAAAGGAAUGGGACUUCAAAAUCAGGCGGCGUUGUCAGAGUUAUUCCUGGAAGAUUAGCAGUUUCAAGAAGCUUUGGAGACAUUCAUGCCAAGUUACCUGAAUUUGGGGGUAUUCCAAAUGUAUUAAUAUCAGUUCCAGAAAUUACAAAAUUCAAUAUUUCAGCAAGCAGUGACUUCCUUAUAUUGGGGUCUGAUGGACUGUUUGAUAAGCUAAAUAAUCGAGAGAUAGUGGAGUCUAUUUGUCAGUCUACUAGAAGGCUUGAAACACAUGAUUUGCACUCUGCUUGUGGGAUUGCGAUUGAAGAAGUCAUAAAAGCAGCCAUGGAUAAGAAUUCGUUGGACAAUAUAACAGGCGUCAUUAUAGCUUUUGGAGGAUUAGAGAGCAUUUAA